GAUGCGUGUGACCGAGUGGUUGGGUAAGCUGGAACAAAUUCAACCGGCUUCCUUGUGACAAGAGCUGUGUGUUGGAAAUUCAGAGGAGAGACGGAAAAAGAAGUUGCUGAACGGUGGCAUUUUUGUUGGAUGGGAGAAUUACAACCAUGGAAACUACAUCAGACAAAAACCAAGACCAGACGAAAGACAAAAGAGGUUGCUUUGAGUGCUGCAUCAAAUGUUUAGGCGGGGUGCCGUAUGCGUCACUGGUGGCUACGAUCCUGUGUUUCUCUGGAGUCGCCUUGUUCUGUGGGUGUGGCCACGUCGCCCUCACUGGCACAGUGUCCAUCCUGGAAGCCCACUUUUCCAAAGUCGCCAGUGACCAUGCGAUGCUGACUGACAUCAUACAGCUGAUGCAGUACGCCAUCUAUGGAAUCGCUUCGUUUUUCUUCCUGUACGGGAUCAUUCUGUUGGCCGAGGGCUUCUACACAACCAGUGCAGUGAAGGAGCUGCACAGUGAGUUCAAGACAACCAUCUGUGGACGCUGCAUCAGUGGAAUGUUCGUGUUUCUCACAUACAUUCUGGGUAUUGCCUGGCUUGCGUGUUUGGCCUUCUCUGCUGUGCCGGUCUUCCUGUUCUACAACAUGUGGUCCACUUGUGACGCCAUGAGAUUUCCCACAGUCAACCUCACCACAUCGACUCCUUGUGUAGAUGUUCGUCAGUACGGAAUUAUCCCAUGGAACGCUGUACCCGGAAAGGCCUGUGGGUCCACAUUAAGUGACAUUUGCAAGACCAGUGAGUUCUACCUGUCUUAUCAUCUGUACAUCGUAGCGUGUGCUGGCGCAGGAGCCACCGUGAUUGCUCUGCUGAUCUACAUGAUGGCAACCACUUAACUUUGCCGUUUUGAAGUUUAAGAGUCGAGAAGACUGCUGCACUAAGUUUUAAACUGUUUUCAGAGCACAGUGCAAUACUUCAGAUUGCACUGAGUAUAUGUGGAGACCGUUGACACUGACAACAAAUGAACUAAAAACCUGAGAAUAGAAAUUCAAUAUCUCUCUACUAGUAAUCACAUAAAAUGGAAAUAGCUGAUCGGAUGCUUCUUGUAGCAUUUUGUUGGCAUCCAGGGAUUUGCUUGUCUGAGGACACCUGAUGAAAUUUUUUUUCAGAAUAAGGUUAGUGCAUAGCUGAUUGGUUUGUACUUGGCACUUGUAGAAUUAUGGCGACAACCACAAAACCACACCAGUGUUAUUUUUAACCUUAAUGUGAAAAUAUGUA